AUGUCAGGACCCCCUACGAUUCUCUCCCUUAUUGCAGACUCACAAAAGCAUGCAGUCAAUUAUGUUGACCCGGUUACCCGGACUCAUGCUUCUAUCGCCACCACCAAAGAUUCUGCUUUUCAUAUGUCAUCUCAAAAAUCCGCAUGGAUUAUCGACUCGGGUGCUACGGAUCACAUGACAUUUGAUCAUGGCCAACCUAUUAGUCACAAAUCAUCCACUCCAUCGGUAAUGUCUAAUGCUAAUGGUACCCCUUCCCCUAUGGUUGGGGAAGGCUCUUUAUCUCUCUCUACUUCCCUACAUCUGGAUUUUGUAUUACUUGUUCCAUCAUUGGACCAUAACUUGUUCACAUCUUCACAGGAAAAACAAUUGGUUGUGGUACUCGGUGGGACAUACUCUACUACUUGGAAUAGGCACCAGAUAGUGAGACCAAUGUUAGUCAAGCUUUCACAACCAGUGAAACUCGUUCUGAGGAGGAGAGAGACAAAGUUUGGUUAUGGCAUAAACGUCUUGGGCAUGCCUCGUUCGUGUGAUAUGUGUGAAUUGGCUAAGAGUCAUCGUGUCCUAUUCUCAAAAAGUUCAAAUAAGAGUUUGGUUCCGUUUUCUCUUGUUCAUUAUGAUGUUUGGGGACCUGCUAAAAUUGUCACUCCGGCAUGA